AUGCGGUUCGAUAACAUCGACCAGCAGCUCGGGGAGCUUGCUGGCGUUGUAAAUGCACAUAUCAGAGGCCACAACUGGCAGGAGGCCUUCGAAAAGAUGGAGACACUCGAUGACAUAGCCAGUCGAGUGAGCGCACUCGAGAAGAAUCAAACCACGUGGGGCAAUACCGGCCCUUCGAGCUCCACUGCGGGCAAGCGAGAUGGAGCAAUGGAAGAGGCCAUAGAGAGAUUGAUGUCUACGGUCAACGAACUGACGGAGGACUUUCGAGCCACCGUGGAAGCCCUAAAGAUUGAAAUGGGGCAAAUAAACACCAAGCUCGCCAUCAUCAUGCGAGCGGUAGAAAAUCGACCUGCUGUCCCAAUGGGCGGGGACUAUGGACGAAUGAAAGUGCCUGAGCCCCGAGCGUAUGGAGGGGCACGAGAUGCGAAGGAGCUCGAAAACUUUUUGUUUGAUAUGGAACAAUAUUUUCGAGCAAUAAAAUCGGAUUCGGAGGAAACAAAGGUGACCAUGGCUACAAUGUACCUAACCAAUGAUGCAAAACUGUGGUGGCGAUCUAAAUACGAAGAUAUCAAGAACAACAGAUGCAUCAUUGACACAUGGGACCAGCUACAGAAGGAACUCAAGAACCAAUUCCUUCCCGAGAAUGUGGACUACAUUGCCCGACGACAUUUGAGAGAAUUGAGACAAACGGGUAAUGUAAGGGACUACGUGAAAGCUUUCUCGGCCCUCAUGCUCGAUAUACGCGACAUGUCUGAGAAGGAUAAGCUCUUCUACUUCCUGGAAGGGCUGAAACCUUGGGCUAGGACAGAACUUCAACGACAGAGAGUACAAGACCUAGCCUCAGCACUAGGGGCAGCGGAGCGCCUAAUGGACUACUCAACAGAGAGCCCCAUCAAUAGAAGGCCCCAACCGUCUCCUUCGAAUGCCAAUAGCAGUAGACCCUUCAGGCCUACCAAUCUCCCAAGACCUGGGGGAAGCGACAAUAGGAAACCUCCGAACACGAGAGAACCUCCACCGCGGAACCCCAAUGCAUUCGGAUUUAAACCCCGACCUCUGACAUGUUUCCUAUGUAAUGGUCCCCACAGAGUGGGCGAAUGCCCCCAUAAGACCGCUCUUAGUGCUCUACAAGCAUCUAUUCGCUCCCAAGAGCACGAGGGAGGGCAAGAGGAGGUAGUAGAAGAAGGAGAAGACGGCGCACAAGUGGGAGCGCUGAGAUUCUUGAAUGCCCUUAAUGGACAGGUCGUUCAGGCCAGGAAGACCAAUGAGAAAGGUCUUAUAUUUGUGGAUGCGGCGAUAAAUGGAAAGGCCACAAAGAGUGUGAUGGUGGACAUAGGUGCCACCCAUAACUUUUGUUCAGAGAUUGAAGCUCGAAGGCUGGGCCUAUGCUUACAAAAGGAUGCGGGGCAAAUGAAAGCAGUAAAUUCCAAAACCUUACCUACGGUGGGCCUGGCGAAACAAGUGCCUCUCAAGUUGGGAACUUGGGAGGACCGAGUGGAUUUGAUUGUAGUACCAAUGGAUGACUUUGAUGUAAUCUUAGGAAUGGACUUUCUAGUGAAGAAGAAGGCAAUCCCUAUUCCCGCCGCUAACAGCCUGUUGAUGAUGGGGGAACAAACAGGAGUAGUUCCCGUACAGAGGAAGCAACUGAACAACCCCAAACUUCUAUCGGCCCUCCAAUUUAAGAAGGGAGUAAGACGCAAAGAACCCUCUUACAUAGCAUUAGUGGUAGCGAGGGAGGGUGAAGAUGAUGAAACUACCCCUCCUAUGGUGCUGGAUGCCUUAAAAUCAUUCAAUGAUGUGAUGCCGGACAACUUACCAAGGAACCUACCUCCUCGACGAGAUAUUGACCACAACAUCGCAUUGAUACCAGGAGCAAAACCUCCAGCAAAGGCACCUUAUCGGAUGGCCCCUCCUGAGCUGGCAGAGCUACGGAAGCAACUCGAGGAACUUUUGGAAGCAGGGUUCCUAAGACCCUCGAAGGCACCUUACGGCGCUCCCGUAUUAUUCCAAAAGAAGAAAGAUGGAACUUUGCGCCUGUGCGUAGAUUAUCGAGCCCUGAACAAAGUCACGGUGCGAAACAAGUACCCGAUCCCUUUAAUAGCUGACUUGUUCGACCAACUAAGCGAAGCCAAAUUUUUCACUAAAUUGGAUUUGAGAUCGGGAUACUACCAAGUGAGAAUCGCUGAAGGAGACGAAGAGAAAAUCACCUGCGUCACACGAUACGGAGCCUUCGAAUUCCUGGUGAUGCCUUUUGGGUUAACGAAUGCACCAGCAACAUUUUGCACCCUCAUGAACCAGGUAUUUCGAGACUUCCUUCACAAAUUUGUGGUGGUGUAUCUUGACGACAUUGUAAUCUUCAACCCUACCUUGGAAGAACAUGUCGAACACAUUCGAAUGGUACUCCAGAGACUCCGAGAAAAUCAAUUAUUUGUGAAGAAGGAAAAAUGUGCUUUUGGCAGAAGAAAAAUCAAGUUUCUGGGACACAUCAUCGAGGAGGGGAAGAUCCGUAUGGACAUGGAGAAGGUAAAAGCCAUCCAAGAGUGGAAAACUCCCGCUAAUGUGAAAGAACUUAGAUCAUUUCUGGGAUUGGCAAAUUACUACCGCCGCUUCGUAAAAGGAUACUCGAAGAAAGCAACUCCCCUAACGGAAUUGCUAAAGAAGGAGGUGCCUUGGGAGUGGAGCAAGGAAUGUGAAGGCGCAUUCCAGGAUCUAAAGGAAGCUAUGAUGAAAGACCCAGUGUUGGCCCUGCCGGACAUCACCAGACCCUUCGAAGUCCAAACCGAUGCAUCUGACUUCGCUUUAGGUGGAGUCCUACUCCAAGAUGGUCAUCCUGUCGCCUACGAAAGCAGGAAGUUAUCAGCGGCAGAAAGAAACUAUACGGCUCAAGAAAAGGAGAUGCUUGCCGUAAUUCAUUGCUUAAGAACCUGGAGGCACUACUUAUUGGGGUCAAGCUUUGUAGUAAAGACUGAUAACUCAGCUGUUAGUCACUUCCUUACACAACCAAAACUAACCCCAAAACAAGCUCAUUGGCAUGAAUUCAUUGCGGAGUUUGACCUUCAAUUCGAGCACAAAGCGGGGACCAAGAACUAG